AUGGCCAACCAAGUGGCUGUCAUGCGUGACGACGACGCGUUCGAGAAGAGACCCGUCUCUCUUAGGGAGAACGUCGACGGCUCCCAGGACGGCUCCGGAUACGAGUGCGAGUUCAGCGAGCGCGAGCAGAAGAAAAUUAUCCAUCGCAUCGACCGACGCCUCGUCGUAACCGUGGGAGUGCUCUACUGCAUCAGUCUGAUGGACCGCACCAACCUCAGUGCCGCUGCCAUUGCUGGUAUGACCGUUGACCUCAAACUCGGCCUCCUAGAGGGCUCAAUUUCACGCUACUCCAUCGUCACCAUCGUAUUCUUCGCGUCCUACAUCGUCUUCCAACCCCCGGCAACCGUCAUCUGUCGUUAUCUCGGACCUCGCAAUUUCCUAUCGGCUAUCGUUGUGCUGUGGGGCGGUGUCAUGAUUGGCAUGGGCUUUGCCGAUAGUUACGGUACCAUGUCCGCGCUACGAGUCCUCCUGGGAAUCCUAGAAGCUGGCUUUUUCCCGAGCUGUGUCUACUUGCUGUCCACCUGGUAUACUCGAUUUGAUAUCGGAAAGCGAUACUCAUGCUUCUACAUCCUUGGAAGUUUGGCAUCUGCCUGCGCCGGUAUCCUCGCUUACGGCUUGAUGCAACUGAAGGGACAGCAGGGCCUGAACGGUUGGCGCUGGAUCUUCAUCAUCGAAGGCGCGCUCACAUGCUUCCUUGGUAUCGUCGGUUACUGGGCUCUGGUUGAUUUCCCUGACAAGGCGCAUAAGUCAUGGAACUUCCUGACUGAGCGUGAAGCCAUGUUCAUCAUCGACCGCGUCAACAGGGAUCGUGGUGAUGCUAGGCCAGAGCCAUGGUCCAUGGCCAAGUUCUUCAAGGGUGGUGCUGACAUCAAAAUCUGGGGUUUCGCGAUGAUAUUCUUCAACACCACCACAGUCACAUACGCACUGGCAUACUUCCUGCCCAUCAUCCUAACAUUGAACAUGGGUUUCAGCACCGGCGCUGCCCAGUGCCUCGUUGCUCCUCCUUACGCUUUUGCUGCCAUCGUCAUGUACACCACCGGCUGGCUUGGAGACAAAUACCACCUUCGCGGACCCAUCAUCCUGUUCAACAUGGUUCUCUGCCUUGUUGGACUGCCCAUCAUGGGUUUCCAUUCCAACCCGAACGUCAGGUACUUCGGCGUCUUCUUGACCACCGCUGGCGCAAAUAGCAACAUUCCCGCGACGAUGUCAUACCAGGCGAACAAUAUCAGAGGCCAGUGGAAGCGCGCGUUCUGUUCUGCCAUCUUGGUCGGCAUGGGUGGUGUUGGUGGUAUCGCUGGAGGUCUCGUUUUCAGGGAACAAGACAAGCCCGGAUACGAGCCAGGACUGUACGCCUGCAUUGCGUGCUGCCUGCUCACAAUCGUCAUUGUCAUCCUCAUAACACUGAGAUCCUGGAGCUUGAACAAGCGUGCCGAUCGUGGUGAGCUCGAACUGGAGUACAAUGAUGAUGGCGACCAGAAAGGCUUCAGGUAUACUUACUAG